GAUCUGCCAAUGAGUAAAGAAGCGAACCUUGGUUAGAGGAAACUUGUAGGCGCUUUCCGAGUUUCAUUUCUUCCUCAUGCUCUCAGUCCUGUGUUUGUGCUUGUACAGAUUGUGAGCGAAGGCUGCUCUUACCAGUCUUGUAAACAUUUUCACGCGUUAAGGCUAUAAUGCUUUUUGAGACGAGUUUAUGUAUUUUUUCUUUGCUCGGUGUGGCUAUAACCUUCACCAGCGGUAGCCCAAACAAGAUGACAGUAGCCACAGUUUACUGGGACGCCACACACAAGUUAGUCCUACUGAAAGAGGGGGUGCUGGAGAAGCAAGGUGGUGCGUAUGGAUACCUCAACGACAGCCUCUCUCUCACGGGCUGGAGUGUGCUGGAGCUGCGGGCAGGGUAUGGAGAGACUAACGAGUCUGACGAGGUCACCUUUUUCCUGGCAGGCUUCCUCGAAGGCUUCCUCACUGCCCCGCAAAUGAUUAGCCACUAUGCCAACAUGUAUCCCCAGCUCAUCGAGGACCCCAAGGUCUUAGGACCAGUGAAGGAUUUUAUGAAUAAGCAGGAUGCAUGGACCAGAGAGCAGGUGAAGCUAAACAAGGGCAGCGACCCUCUGUGGAGACACACUGGCUUCAUCGUGGCCCAGAUGGAUGGGCUCCAGGCAGGGGUGGCACACUGGGCCAAAAAACAAGGCCAGAAGCCUCUGUCGCUGUUUGCGGUCCAGUUCCUGAACGCUGUAGGCGACCUGCUGGACCUGAUCCCUGCGCUGGUCCCCAACACCAAACCUCCUCUCCGUGAUUUCCAACUGCCAGGGAUGGGACACUGUUCUGCCCUCAUCAAGAUGCUCCCAGGUUUUGAGAACCUGCUGUUUGCCCAUUCCAGCUGGUACACAUACGCUGCCACCAUGCGGAUCUACAAACACUGGGACUUCCAUGUCAGCGAACCCCACACCGCCACUGGCAAACUAUCCUUCAGCAGCUACCCGGGCUUCCUAGUGUCUCUGGAUGACUUCUACCUGCUGGGCAACGGUCUCAUGAUGACCCAGACCACCAACAACGUCUUCAACUCCUCCCUCUUCUCCCAGAUCACCCCCCACAGCCUGCUGGCCUGGCAGAGGGUCCGGCUAGCAAAUGCUCUGGCAAACACUGGGGAGCAGUGGGCCAAGACCUUUGCCUCAUACAACUCUGGUACUUAUAACAACCAGUACAUGGUGUUGGACAGGAGCAGAGUGAAGCUGGGCCACAGCCUGGAGGAUGGAGCUCUGACUGUGGUGGAGCAGAUCCCUGGCCUGGUGGAGUAUUCAGACCAGACGCAGGCUCUGCGCAGGGGUUACUGGCCCUCCUACAACAUCCCGUUCCACUCUAGGAUCUACGCUCUGAGUGGCUACGGUAAGAUGUGGGAGCAGUAUGGAGAUGACUUCUCUUAUGACCUCUGCCCACGGGCCAAGAUCUUCAGACGAGACCAGGCUGGGGUAAAGGACCUGGACUCCCUCAAAUACAUCAUGAGAUACAACGACUACAAAAAUGACCCCUACUCUAAAGGAGACCCUUGCAAGUCCAUCUGCUGUCGUAAUGACCUGAAGCAGACACACCCCAGUCCAGGAGGGUGUUAUGACACUAAGGUGACAGACUACCACAUGGCCGAGCAGUUCCAGGCCGAGGCUGUGAACGGCCCCACCACCCAGCACGGCCUGCCCCCCUUCUCCUGGGACGGCUUCAACAGCACGGCUCACCAGGGCCUGCCCCUCGUCUACAACUUCACCUUCACGGACAUGCAGCCCCUGCUCUUCACCCCCUGAGAGGGAGGACAAUGGAGGGGGUGGAGCACGGCUAUCAGGAAACGUCCUCAGGGGCCACGUUGCUAUAGUGAUCAACGGUUUGAAAUCAAGAAUUCUGUCAGUGUGUGACGCUUAAUGUGUUUUUUUUUCCUGCUCAGUUGACCUUGAACUAUACAUGCCUUGGGCAUAGAAAUGAGGUGCUGCUGUAUUCACCUAAAUGUUUGUCCUUUUGCAAUUAAGCUUUCGUUUUAGUGGACGCUUUAUGAGUUUGAGGUUUCCAAUCAUGGCCUAAACCUAGACCUGUUUAUUAGUCAAAUGCUCUUGAUUGUAAUGAGGUAACAAUUCAUCAUAUAUUGUUUAAAUUGCGUAGGAACACUAUCGUUUGAAUUAACUGUCACCACAAUGCAAUUCUCAGGGCCAAUUUCACUGUCAUGAUCGAUGCCUGUGGUUUUGUUUUUGUACAUGUGAAAUGAAUGUCUUUUAAACGUUGUAUUUGUUUUUGAUGAACUCAUAGCACUUGACUUUAUUGUUAAUAAAAAAAAGAAACAACUGUGCCCCUA